AUGAGCAACGUAGAGCGACUUUCCAUCGAAGACGACUCGGUCAAUUUGCUGUUGAACAAGUUCCAGGCACACCGAGGACAUACCCUCAAUUCGCGUGCGUUUCAAUCCUCCCUUAGUAUAGAAAUCCAGAAGCUAACGAAAGUAUACAGCAACUAUCUCCGCGCGGAUCACCUCGCCAGUGGAAGGAGUCAUCGGCGUGAAGCUUGUCCACUGGUAAGUACCUCAAGGGCCCAAACUAGGGCUCUCAAUGUUGGUGUUGGCGACCCACUAACAGCAUGCAGGGCGGGCCAAAACGACAACGGUCCUCACUACCACCUGAACAAGGCCAGCGGACACACCAAGAUCCAGCACGACAAGGCCGAAAAGAAACUCAACUACACAAGCGGGCCCGUCAAUCUGGCUGUGAACACCUCCGCCAAUGAACUCGGCCUAGAAUUUCAGUCUCCAGCUGGUAAGAAACUGACCGGCCAAUCGUUCCGUUCUAUCGGAUACGUGCGCGACCAGCGCACUGAGAAAUAUCGCUACGAGGACGGUAUGUACGCCGAGCGCCAGGGAUACAUGCUCGCAGAGCUUGACCUCGGCGUUGGCGAGAAGGUCUACGGUCUUGGAGAGCGGUUCGGGCCUCUGGUCAAGAACGGACAGACGGUCGAUAUCUGGAACGAGGAUGGCGGUACCUCGUCCGAGAUGGCCUACAAGAAUAUCCCCUUCUAUAUCAGUUCUAAGGGAUAUGGUGUUUUCGUCAAUCAUCCUGGCAAGGUUAGUCUGGAGGUGCAGUCUGAGCGCACCACUCGCGUCAAUAUCUCUGUGCCUAGCGAGGAGAUUGAGUACUUUGUUGUGUAUGGAGCUACGCCAAAGGACAUCCUGAAUCGCUAUACUACUUUGACUGGCAGGCCGGCCUUGGUUCCGUCAUGGAGCUAUAACCUCUGGCUUACUACCAGCUUCACGACCAACUACGACGAGGAGACCGUUACUGGUUUCCUUGAUGGUUUCCGUGACCGCGACAUCCCAUUGGGCGUCUUCCAUUUCGAUUGCUUCUGGAUGAAGUCCUAUCAGUGGUGUGACUUCGACUUCGACUCGGAGAUGUUCCCGGACGCGGCGGGAUAUCUCAAGCGUCUCAAGGAGCGUGGUCUCCGCAUCAGUGUCUGGAUCAACCCGUACAUCGCCCAGGCCUCGCCACUGUUCGAAGAGGGCAAGAAGAACGGAUACUUCAUCAAGCGCACCGAUGGCUCAGUAUGGCAAUGGGACAUGUGGCAAGCCGGCAUGGCAGUCGUGGACUUCACGAAUCCCGCCGCCAGCAAGUGGUACAACACACAUCUAGAGCGGCUAAUGGAGAUGGGCGUCGACAGCUUCAAGACCGACUUUGCCGAGCGCAUCCCAGUCAAGGGCGUCCAAUACCACAACGGCGCCGACCCCGAACGCAUGCACAACUACUACGCUCUCCUCUACAACAAAAUCGUGUACGAGACACUCAGCAACCGCGUCGGACGCAACCAGGGUCUCCUCUUCGCGCGCAGCACCGCACCAGGCGGACAGGCGUACCCAGUGCACUGGGGCGGCGACUGCGAAAGCACCUUCGAGGCGAUGGCCGAGUCACUGCGCGGCGGACUGAGCCUGAUGCUGUCUGGAUAUAUAUUCUGGGCGUCUGAUAUCGGUGGAUUCGAGGGUACUCCGCCGCCAGCGCUGUACAAGCGGUGGGUGCAGUUUGGACUGCUGUCGACACACUCGCGUCUGCAUGGAUCGUCUUCGUUCCGUGUGCCGUGGAUCUAUGGAGAAGAUUGCUCGGAUGUGCUACGGGACUGCGUUAAGCGCAAGAUCUUGCUUACUCCGUAUAUUCUACAGGAGGCGUUGAAGGGCCAUGGAAACGGCACGCCGCUUAUGAGGCCGCUGUUCUUGGAGUUCCCUGAGGACCUUAAUACGUAUGCUAUUGAUACGCAGUAUAUGUUUGGGCCGAAUUUGCUGGUUGCACCGGUGUUUACGGAGGAGGGUGAGGUUACUUUCUAUGUGCCUCAGUCUCCUGAUGAUGAGGCUGGGAAAUGGAUCUCGUGGUUUGAUCAUUCUAAGUCUUAUGAGUCUGGUCGUUGGUACACGGAGACUCAUGGCUUUGAUACCAUGCCCAUUUUGAUCCGUCCCGGCUCUGUUACUGUCACCAAUCCCACAAUCAAGGCCCCUGAGGAUGAUGCCUUGUCGGGAAUUGAAUUGCUGGUCAAUGGGCGCCUGCGGGGUGAGACUACGGUCGAAAUUAUCAACUCGAUUCAGUCAGACGAGAUCUUGAAGACUGUGCGAGUUUCUCCCACUGGGGAUGGAAAGGUUGAAGCAAGUGGUCACAGUGUGAAAUUGGUUCAUGUUGCAUAG